CACAGCACCAAAAGGGAAAUCAACAACAAUCAGAACCACCGUUCAUUCAGGAAAAGCCUCGAUUUCUAUUGAGAAACCCUGACAAAAGGGAUCCCAGAUGAGCUGAAGAAAACCUCAUUCACGUGUUCUUCCGUUGAUGCAGUAGCAGCUGCAAGUUUCGAACCAUAUUUGCGACCUAGCUGUGGUCAUUACGGAAGAGAGAUAGUAUUUCAGGUGAGCUUUUCUCGAAGCUGAAAUUGGAGCUGUAAACUUCCCUGGAUUAAGAAUAUUACUGGUGCUUUUACAGAGGAAAGAUCCUGGAAACUUUGCUACCCGAAGAACUGACUCUGGCAAGGCUAUAAUCUGAAAUUCUGCACUUUUCUUGGCUGCACAGUCGCAGACAGCAAGUAAAGAAGAUAGAUUUAUUAGUUGAUGGAACGCCAGGCCCAUGAUUUUUCUGCAGCUUCUGCUAUGGUAUAUGCCCAGCAGCAGCGACAAGCAGCUAAUAUGCAACAGCAACAACAGUUUGGAUUUCAUCCACAGCAGCAGCUCCCUCCGAUGGUGCGUGGCCCUCCUUUUAUGUCUCCGCAUCCUUCGCUCCAACAAUACCCUUAUCCCCAUCCAAUGUCGCAGCCUCCACAGCUCCACCAACAUCCUCCUCCCCAUCCACACCUACUUCAUCUUCAGCAGCAACAACAGCCACCUUCAGCUUUUCCUCCCCAUUUGCCCCCUCACCUUAUUCCUUCGCCUUUCUCUGGUCAGUAUGAUUCCGCUCCUCCCCCAGCCCCUCCUCCAUCUGAUUCUGAGCUCCAGAAGCGUAUUGACAAACUUGUUGAAUAUACUACAAAGAAUGGCCCUGAAUUUGAAGCCAUGAUCCGUGAAAAACAGCAAGAUAAUCCUGAUUAUGGUUUUCUUUUUGGGGGCGAGGGGCAUGCCUACUACCGCUACAAGGUUUGGUUAUCAACACAUCCCCCAGGUGGCCUCUUCAAUGCUCCUUUUCCACCUUCUUCUUUACCUAUGAUUCAUCCCCCUCCAAAUCCUAUGAUGAGUCCAUCUCCUUUAAAUGCAUCUCCUAUGAAUGCUGCUGUUGGUGCUUCAGCUUCUAUGAUGGGUGCUCCUCAAAUGCAGCGACCUCCUUUUCCACCAUUCUACGACCAUCAACAGCACCACCACACACAUCCUCAGCCUUACGGGAGUCAAUGUGGACCAGAUUAUGACCAGUCAUCCCAACCAUUUAAGGGGCUUUCGGGUCCUCUUCCUUCUGAUGUUGCAGUAGAGCUCAAUAAUGUUCUUAACAAUCUCAGUGGUACCAAGGAAUCUAUCAAAGGUGCCAAGAUCUGGUUCAUGCAGAGGUCUCCAUUUGCACCUGCUCUGGCUGUGGCUCUUAGAGACAUGAUCUUUGCUUUGGAUGAUUCUGUGAGGCAACUUCACAUAGUUUACCUGGUCAAUGACAUUCUUUUUGACAGUUUGCAAAGGAGGGUCAACCAACGUGACCUUGAUAGUGAGGCUCUGGCAUUUAAACCUGUUUUGGGUUCCAUGCUUGCCAGGAUUUACCAUAACCCUCAAAAUAAAGAGGAGAAUCAGUCACGGUUGCAGAAAAUCCUACAAUUCUGGGGUUCCAAGGAGGUCUAUGAUGAAGACACUAUUUAUGCACUUGAGAGUGAGAUGAGAGGUGGACCAUCUGCUCAUUCUUUUUCUGGGCCUUCUAAAGAUAUAUCUACUGUGUCUGCAGAGUCGAUGGCUACUGCAGGAAUGCUGCAGCAAACAGUAAAACAAACUGCCUCACGUUGGCUGCCUGAUAAUCGGGGUUUGGUUCCAAGUGUUCCAGAUCAGGAGCUUCCUGACAGACAAAUUCCCCCUGCCAUGACAUCCCUAGCGAAUCCGCAAAUAUUUCCAAAUGCAGUCCCUGCUGGUGCUUUUCCUGGCUCUCUGCCCAUAAAUUCAUCUGUUCAACCAGUGAGUCAGCAACCUGGUCCCCAUUCAUUGCCAGCACAAGGCACUAAUGCUGGUGAAAAAUUACCCCCAUUUCCAUUGUUCCCACCUGGCCUUAUCCCCGGAAUGGUUAGGAAGAUGCAGAUUGGAAGUGGCGUGCCUUACUCACCAAUGAGUCCUUUGGACAUCCCAACUAUGAUACCUCCAUCAGAUGUAUCUCCCUCAGAGAUCCUGGAGAGAGUGUCAAAGUUCUUUAAAGAGAUUGGAGAGGUUAACCCUUCGGAAGGACCAAUGAAGUCUGAUUCAAAAGAUGAAGAUGAUGAGUACGAGAGAGAACCUCCUGUUCGCAAGGGAGGAGCUUGCAUUCCUCCACCUCCCAACUUGGUUGUUGACCCAGAAACAGGGGCUUAUCCUGAUGGAAGUGUGGAGCGGAAACCAGGAUCGAGUGGAUCAGGAAGAUUGGGACUCGGGGCAACAGCUAAUCCAAAUGAAGUUAGUCAAUAUGACGAUGUUUACACUUCAUACAGAAAAGAGAGGAGCACCACCUACCACUCAUCCAUGAGCGCAAGGGCGUCAGCAAGGUAAAACUCCUGCCAUGUUUCGCUGAUAGGAUUGGUAAAGUGGAACGUGUAGAUUGUUGAAGCACCUUCUUUCUGCUUUUUUUUUUUCCUUUUUUCCUUUUCCUUUGAAAUUACCUUAAAUACUAUUCCGUCAGAAAAAUACCAACUUGGAUAAAUAGUAGUUCUGAACUUCUCAGUUCAUUGUACUGGUUAAAAUUCUGAUUCGAGGAAAGUUAUUGCAACAAUGAUGAACUUCUCCCGACUGCUGCUUGGAAAUUUCGGUUUGAUUUAUGUUUCAUGGUU